AGUCAGUCUGAGUGCGGGAGUGUGCGUCUCGGAGAAGUGCGUGUUGUGUGAAAACCAUGUGCUCUUGCGUAUUCGGAUCACUUCGUGGCCGGAUGCCGAGUAGUCGAACGGAUUGCGAGGAUUGACGACGUUUGCCGAAGAUGAGUGCAGGCGGGAAAUGGCCCUUACUCGCAAUGAUGUUACAGUUUUACUUCGCAUUGCCAGCUUGGGCCUACAAGAGACCAUCUUUCUGUGAUCAGGAUGGUGAUCCUUUCUCCUUUCUGUGGAUGAUCAAGCGGGAUCCCCCCUCCUACCUGUUCGGCACCAUCCACGUUCCCUACACGAAAGUGUGGGACCAUAUCCCGGACAACGCCAAACAGGCGUUCGCUGCCUCAUCACAGGUGUUUUUCGAACUGGACCUGGCAGACCCCGCCACCGUAGCCGCCCUCUCUACUUGCCAAAUGCUGCCACAGGGUAAGAACCUGUCCGAUGUCCUGCCCCAGAAUUUGUAUUCGAGGCUAAAGCGCCACCUGGAGUACGUCAGAGGAAUGAUGCCUCGGUGGAUGACGCAGGACCAAGGAAGAGGGCGGGGCAUAUUUAAAGGCCUGUUCAAUGCUGACCAGCGAGGUCUGUUCAAUGCGGACUACCUGUUCAACGCAAUUGCUGGGAACUGGGAGCGUAAAAGGCCUGUAUGGGUCAUGCUGAUGGUCAAUUCUCUGACCGAGAGUGACGUCCGUUCGCGGGGGGUACCCGUCCUUGACCUCUAUUUGGCCCAAGAAGCAGAGCGCAUGCGCAAGAAAACUGCUGCUGUUGAAAAGGUGGAGGAGCAAUGCCUACCGCUAAACGGACUUAACUUUUCACAGGUCCUGUUCGCUCUGAACCACACUCUGCUGCAGCACGAGGAGCUGCGGCGCGAGGCGGAGCUGCAGCAGCAGCCGCAUCCCCCUGCGCCCUACACGACAGACGACCUGAUCCGGCACUACAACUGCGGAGACAUGCUGAGCGGGAGCGCCGCCUUCUUGGGGGCCGACUCCGUGCCCCCGCUGCCACCAGCGCCCAAGGAGGAGGCCGCCUUGGCGAGGAACUUGGACAGGUACCUGAGGAGGGAGCUCAUCCUUAACCGCAACCGCCGAAUGGGGGAGAGGGUGGCCAGGCUGCUGGGGCGGCACCCGGGGGAGAGCCUCUUCUUUGCCUUUGGCGCAGGUGAGUCUGUAGAUUUAUUUUGA